AAAGUGCUGGGAUUACAGGCGUGAGCCACUGCGCCUGGCCACCUUUUUUUUUUUUUUAAUAGUAGCCAUCCUAAUAAGUGUGAGGUGAUAUCUCACUGUGGUUUUGAUUUAUUUUCCCUAAUGAUUAGUGAUCUUGAGUGUCUUUUCCUGUGUUCAUUGGCCAUUGGUGUAUCUUCUUUGGAGAAAUGUCUGUUCAAGUUCUUUGUUUUUUAAUUGUAUUUUGUUGUUGUUGAGUUGUAGGAGUUUUUUUGUUGUCUUGUUUUUGAGACAGGGUCUCACUCUGUCGCCCACGCUGGAGUUGAGUGGUGUGAUCUCAGCUCACUGCCACCUCUGCCUCCCAGGUUCAAGUGCUUCUCCUGCCUCAGCUUCCCAAGCAGCUGGCAUUCCAGGUGUGCGCCACCACGCCUGAUUAACUUUUUUUGCAUUUUUAGUAGAGACAGGGCUUAAUAGAGACAGGUUUAGUAGAGAUGGGAUUUCGCCAUGUUGGCCAAGCUGGUCUCAAACUCUUGGCCUCAAAUGAUCUACCCGCCUUGGCCACCCAAAGUGCUGGCAUUACAGGUGUGAGCCACCGCACAUGGCAGGAGUUCUUUAUAUAUGGUGGAUAUUAGCCCCUUAUUAGAGUAAUGAUGUACAAAUAUUUUCUCCCAUCUCAUGGGUUGUCCUCUUUUCCUUUUAUUCACAGUUUUUUUUUUAAAAUUUUAUUGUAUAUUUUGUAAGACAUUUAAAAGAAUAAUACAGUAAACAUCUUUACAACCACCAUCCAGCAAAUUAAAUAUUAGUAAAUUAGUUUGCUCCCGAGUUUCCCCUUAUUGAUUACAGGUCCCUCACCAAAGGUAACCACUAAUGAAUUUGAUUUUUCUCUGACUAGUUUAUACUCCUUAGACAGCCUGUUAGCAUAUUAGAAGCUUGUCAUGACUGAAGUAAAAAUACUGCAAAGGUCCUGGGGAAGGCUAAGGUGGAAUGAGUUCUUUCUUAGAUUUUUGUGAUGCUGUUGUCCAAAGCCCAGUUCAGCACUGUAUCAGAGAUACUUGCACAUAAUAGGUGUAUAGAAAUAUUUGUUGAAUGACUAUUUGGGACCCAUGUACUUCUGAUUGAAGAUAUUUUGUACCACUAUUAUACUAUUUUCUCUUUUUUUUUUUUUUUUUGAGACAGAGUCUUGCUCUGUCGCCCAGACUGGAGUGCAGUGGUUCGAUCUCAGCUCACUGCAACCUCCACCUCCUGAGUUGAAGCAGUUCUGUCUCACUCUCCCAAGUAGCUGGGACUACAGGCGCACACCACCACGCCUGGCUAAUUUUUGUAUUUUUAUUAGAGACAGGUUUUCACCUUGGUCAGGCUGGCCUUGAACUCCUGACCUCAGGUGAUCCACCCGCCUUGGCCUCCCAAAGUGCUGGGAUUAUAGGCGUGAGCCACCGUGCCUGGCCACUAUUAUUAUUAUUAUUUUUUUGAAUCAGUCUUGCUCUGUCGCUCAGGCUGGAGUGCAGUGGCGCAUUCUCAGCUUACUGCAAGCUCCGCCUCCUGGGUUCACGCCAUUCUCCUGCCUCAGCCUCCCGAGUAGCUGGGACUACAGGUGCCCGCCACCAGGCCCGGCUAAUUUUUUUGUAAUUUUAGUAGAGACGGGGUUUCACAGUGUUAGCCAGAAUGGUCUCAAUCUCCUGACCUCAUGAUCUGCCCACCUCAGCCUCCCAAAGUGCUGGGAUUAUAGGCGUGAGCCACCGUGCCCGGCUAUUACACUAUUUUUUCAUGAAGUGAAGUUUACAUAUCUCUGUGUUAGGAUUACUGUAUACUUUACCAAUAAAUAGACUGCUAUGGCAGAGUAAAGGUUUUCUUAGAGGUAGUAAAACUGAGGGCAAACCUGAGUUGGGAACAUUUUAGCUCUAAAUACACACAGUACAUUUAGCUGCCUUGGCUAAUUUAACUUUUAGGGCAAAUGGAAUAAGGCAGAUGUUGAGGUGCUACAUUUUUGGUUCAGAAAAGUGGUUGUGAGUUUUGAAAGAAGGCGUGCUUCUGGUAAGAUCUGACUGUGGGCAAGGGGCUGUUGAAACAAACAGUGCAGUGUUUCCAGGGCAGUGUUGAAGGAUUUGACCUCCAUUGUAGCUGAAAAUGAAGUCCUUCUCUAACAAAGCCAUAGUAGCAGCAGCAGCAGCUGUUGCCACUGCCACCUGCGUUCAGUGGCUGUGUGAGGUGGCUAGACCAGGAAAUGAUUCCAUGGCACUAGGCAUGUAUAAGGAAGGACUUACUUUGGCUCUGGCAAAGUGGUUGUACGGGUUGUGGGUGUCACUUUAAACAUACAAAGAUCUGCUUGCUGGAGGGAGGGGCAGCUUCUUGAGGAUCAGGUGUGCAUCUGAAAGGGAUGAGCUCAUCCUUCUAACCAAACCUGCUCUAGACGCUGACUGAAUGUUUUCCUAGUUCCAAGUCCUGCAGCUGGGAGAAGCAGGAAAUGAUUGACGCUUCAGGCACUUGCUCUCUGACACAGCUGGCUAUUCUAGUCCCAGAAGAAAGAGGAGAGACUUGCUGAAGAUCUGGAUGGGACAAUAGAAGUUUGGGGCACAUUAAAAAGAAGCAGCAAGAACAUCAACAAAAACCUCAGAUGAUUCAAACAGGCUUCUUCUUGGCUUUGUGGAACCUUUUGCAGUUGCUCAGAAUUUGAGUUUUUGCUUCAGAGGAUGAUGAGACAAGGCAAUAGAGGGCGAGGAGGAUUAUGUUGGAUUCUUGCUUAUCUGUCUGCCUCUCCUUCCAGUUGGAAAAAUCUUCAGUCCAUAAGAAGCAUUAUCAAAAAGCCUGAAGAACACAUCUUACCCUGAUCCUGGAUGCUGUUGGAGUUGAGAAUUACAUCCACUUCACUAGGACUUUAUGGAGACUGUUCAAGAAAAAUAGAAGGAAGCAAUACUUAAGGAUUUCUCUGUUUGCAUUAGUCCUGUGCCAUGUUACAUUUUGGAGAUUGUUUGGAACAAGUGAGGGAGGGCUCUGUCAUCUUGAUCUAGGAGGAUACCUGAGUCCCUUGACUACACAGAUAUUUGGAAGGUGGUAAACUCAAAAUCUUCCAAAAUAAAUUGACUAAAUUCUGGAUUCCCUUUCCUUUUAGAACUUUAGCAGACAGAAAUUCCUGCCAAAAAGGCACAAAUCCUUCUCCGUUUUUUUUUUUCAGGCUAAAUGUGAACAAUAAUGUCUUGGAAGAGAAAUUAUUUUUCAGGGGGUCGUGGUAGUGUACAAGGGAUGUUUGCACCUCGAAGCUCAACCUCCAUAGCCCCCAGCAAAGGCCUCAGCAAUGAGCCAGGGCAAAACAGCUGCUUCCUCAACAGUGCCCUGCAGGUUUUGUGGCACUUGGAUAUCUUCCGACGUAGCUUUAGGCAGCUUACAACUCACAAGUGCAUGGGAGAUUCCUGCAUCUUUUGCGCUCUCAAGGGAAUCUUUAACCAGUUUCAGUGUAGUAGUGAAAAAGUGCUUCCAUCUGACACUCUCCGCAGUGCUCUGGCAAAGACUUUCCAGGAUGAACAACGUUUCCAGCUGGGAAUUAUGGAUGAUGCUGCAGAGUGCUUUGAAAACCUCCUGAUGAGAAUUCACUUCCACAUUGCUGAUGAAACCAAAGAGGAUAUAUGUACUGCUCAACACUGCAUUUCCCAUCAGAAAUUUGCAAUGACAUUGUUUGAGCAGUGUGUAUGUACUAGCUGUGGUGCCACUUCUGAUCCGCUGCCUUUCAUCCAGAUGGUACAUUAUAUCUCCACCACUUCCCUUUGGCUCAGUACUGGCCAGCAAAGUGGGAGGAGGAGUGGGGAUUCUAUGAGCUUUGGAUCUGGGGACAGCAAUCAGGCUAUUUGUAUGCUGGAAAGACGAGAGAAACCUUCACCAAGCAUGUUUGGUGAGCUGCUGCAGAAUGCCAGCACCAUGGGGGAUCUGCGGAACUGUCCAAGCAACUGUGGAGAGAGGAUCAGGAUUCGCCGUGUGUUGAUGAAUGCUCCACAAAUUAUCACGAUUGGGCUGGUAUGGGACUCAGACCACUCAGACUUAGCAGAAGAUGUUAUCCACAGCCUGGGAACCUGCCUUAAGCUGGGUGAUCUGUUUUUCAGAGUGACAGAUGACCGGGCCAAGCAAUCUGAACUGUACUUAGUUGGAAUGAUCUGUUACUAUGGCAAACAUUAUUCUACAUUCUUUUUUCAAACAAAGAUUCGCAAAUGGAUGUAUUUUGAUGAUGCUCAUGUCAAGGAGAUUGGGCCCAAAUGGAAGGAUGUGGUGACCAAAUGCAUCAAGGGGCAUUAUCAGCCCCUGCUGCUGCUUUAUGCAGAUCCCCAGGGUACCCCAGUAUCCACCCAGGACCUGCCUCCCCAAGCUGAGUUCCAGUCAUACAGCAGGACGUGCUACGACAGUGAAGAUUCAGGGAGGGAGCCCUCCAUCUCAAGUGACACUCGAACAGAUUCCUCAACGGAGAGCUAUCCCUACAAACAUUCCCACCAUGAGUCUGUGGUCAGUCACUUCUCUUCUGAUUCUCAGGGGACAGUCAUCUAUAAUGUGGAGAAUGAUUCCAUGUCUCAGAGCAGUCGGGACACAGGACACCUGACUGAUAGUGAAUGUAAUCAGAAACACACAUCCAAGAAAGGGUCACUGAUAGAGCGCAAGAGGAGCUCUGGUCGGGUUAGGAGGAAAGGCGAUGAGCCUCAGGCCUCGGGAUACCACAGUGAAGGAGAAACACUGAAAGAGAAGCAGGCUCCUAGAAAUGCCUCCAAACCAUCCAGCAGCACCAACAGGCUGAGGGAUUUUAAAGAGACAGUCAGCAAUAUGAUCCAUAACAGACCAUCCCUGGCUUCUCAGACCAAUGUAGGCUCUCACUGCGGGGGCAGGGGAGGAGACCAGCCUGUCAAAAAACCUCCUAGGACCCUGCCUUUACACUCUCGUGACUGGGAAAUAGAGAGUACCAGCAGUGAGUCAAAAUCCAGUUCUUCCAGCAAGUAUCGUCCAACAUGGAGACCCAAACGAGAAUCUCUGAAUAUUGACAGUAUCUUUAGUAAGGACAAAAGGAAGCACUGUGGCUAUACCCAGCUUAGCCCCUUUUCUGAGGAUUCAGCUAAAGAAUUUAUACCAGAUGAACCAAGCAAGCCACCUUCUUAUGACAUUAAAUUUGGUGGACCAAGCCCCCAGUACAAGCGCUGGGGCCCAGCACGGCCAGGCUCUCACCUUUUAGAGCAGCACCCCCGACUAAUCCAGCGAAUGGAAUCUGGCUAUGAAAGCAGUGAGAGGAACAGCAGCAGCCCUGUCAGCCUGGAUGCAGCCCUGCCUGAGAGCUCAAAUGUCUACAGGGAUCCAAGUGCUAAGAGAUCAGCUGGGUUGGUUCCUUCCUGGCGUCAUAUCCCAAAGUCGCACAGCAGUAGCAUCCUGGAGGUAGACUCCACAGCAUCCAUGGGUGGCUGGACAAAGAGUCAGCCUUUCUCAGGUGAGGAGAUAUCUUCUAAAAGUGAACUGGAUGAAUUGCAGGAAGAGGUGGCCAGGAGGGCGCAGGAGCAGGAACUUCGAAGAAAACGGGAGAAGGAAUUAGAGGCAGCGAAAGGGUUUAACCCUCAUCCUAGCCGCUUCAUGGACUUGGAUGAAUUGCAGAAUCAGGACUCUUCUGCACCUGCUUUGGCACACAUUCACUUUGAGAGGAGGAUGGAAUAUUCCCUGCUCGCUGUAUGGGAAGGUGACUUCUUUGGGGAUAGUUCUGGGAGGAGUGACGGCUUUGAGAGGUCCCUGCAAGAGGCAGAGUCAGUGUUUGAAGAGUCACUGCAUCUGGAACAGAAAGGAGACUGUGCUGCAGCUUUGGCUCUCUGUAAUGAAGCUAUCUCUAAACUAAGACUUGCCCUGCAUGGUGCCAGCUGUAGCACGCACAGCAGAGCCCUAGUCGAUAAGAAGUUGCAAAUCAGUAUUCGAAAAGCACGGAGCCUGCAGGAUCGCAUGCAGCAGCAGCAAUCACCACAGCAGCCGUCGCAGCCCUCAGCCUGCCUCCCAACACAGGCGGGGACUCUCCCUCAGCCAACAAGUGAACAGCCUAUCCCGCUCCAAGUAUUGUUAAGCCAAGAGGCCCAACUGGAAUCCGGCACGGAUACAGAGUUUGGGGCCAGUUCUUUCUUCCAUUCACCUGCUUCCUGCCAUGAGUCACACUCAUCACUAUCUCCAGAGUCAUCUGCCCCACAGCACAGCUCCCCCAGUAGAUCUGCCUUGAAGCUUCUGACUUCGGUUGAAGUAGACAACAUUGAACCCUCUGCAUUCCACAGGCAAGGUUUACCUAAAACACCAGGGUGGACUGAGAAGAAUUCUCAUCAUAGUUGGGAGCCAUUGGAUGCCCCAGAGGGUAAGCUGCAAAGCUCUAGGUGUGACAGCAGCAGUUGCAGCAAGCUCCCUCCACAAGAAGGAAGAGGCAUUGCUCAAGAACAGCUCUUCCAAGAAAAGAGGGAUCCUUCUAACCCCUCCCCGGUGAUGCCUGGAAUAGCCACCUCUGAGAGAGGAGAUGAACACAGCCUAGGCUGUAGUCCUUCAAAUUCAUCAGCUCAGCCCAGCCUUCCCCUGUAUAGAACCUGCCACCCCAUAAUGCCUGUUGCUUCUUCAUUUGUGCUUCACUGUCCUGAUCCUGUGCAGAAAACUAACCAAUGCCUCCAAGGCCAAAGCCUCAAAACUGCAUUGACUUUAAAAGUGGACAGAGGCAGUGAGGAGACCUAUAGGCCAGAGUUUCCCAGCACGAAGGGGCUUGUCCGUUCUCUGGCUGAGCAGUUCCAGAGGAUGCAGGGUGUCUCCAUGAGGGAUAGUACAGGUUUCAAGGAUAGAAGUUUGUCAGGUAGUCUAAGGAAGAACUCUUCCCCUUCUGAUUCUAAGCCUCCUUUCUCACAGGGUCAAGAGAAAGGCCACUGGCCAUGGGCAAAGCAACAGUCCUCUCUGGAGGGUGGGGAUAGACCACUUUCCUGGGAAGAGUCCACUGAACAUUCUUCUCUUGCCUUAAACUCUGGGCUGCCUAAUGGUGAAACUUCUAGGGGAGGACAGCCCAGGUUGGCAGAGCCAGACAUAUACCAAGAGAAGCCGUCCCACGUGAGAGAUGUUAGGUCUAAGGAUCUGGGCAGCAGUACUGACUUGGGGACUUCCUUGCCUUUGGAUUCCUGGGUGAAUAUCACAAGGUUCUGUGACUCUCAGCUUAAACAUGGGGCCCCUAGGCCAGGAAUGAAGUCCUCCCCUCAUGAUUCCCAUACGUGUGUAACCUAUCCAGAGAGAAAUCACAUCCUUUUGCAUCCACAUUGGAACCAAGACACAGAACAGGAGACCUCAGAAUUGGAGUCUCUGUAUCAGGCCAGUCUUCAGGCUUCUCAAGCUGGCUGUUCUGGAUGGGGGCAGCAGGAUACGGCCUGGCACCUACUUAGCCAAACAGGCUCUGCAGAUGGCAUGGGGAGGAGGUUGCACUCAGCCCCUGAUCCUGGUCUCUCAAAGACUCCAACAGCAGAAAUGGAGCAUGGUCUCCAUGAAGCCAGAACAGUGCGUACUUCUCAGGCUACACCUUGCCGAGGCCUCAGCAGGGAGUGUGGGGAGGAUGAGCAGUACAGUGCAGAGAACUUACGUCGCAUCUCACGCAGUCUCAGUGGCACCGUUGUCUCAGAGAGGGAGGAAGCUCCAGUUUCUUCCCACAGUUUUGAUUCAUCAAACGUGAGGAAGCCUUUGGAAACCGGGCACCGUUGUUCCAGCUCCUCUUCCCUCCCUGUCAUCCAUGACCCUUCUGUGUUUCUCCUCGGUCCCCAACUCUACCUUCCCCAACCACAGUUCCUGUCCCCAGAUGUCCUGAUGCCCAGCAUGGCAGGGGAGCCCCAUAGACUCCCAGGAACUUCAAGGAGUGUCCAGCAGUUUCUGGCUAUGUGUGACAGGGGUGAAACUUCCCAAGGGGCCAAGUACACAGGAAGGACUUUGAACUACCAGAGCCUCCCCCAUCGCUCCAGAACAGACACCUCCCAGGCACCCUGGUCAGAGACCAACCAGCAUAUUGGGACCAGAUUCCUGACUACUCCAGGGUGCAAUCCUCAGCUAACCUACACUGCCACACUACCAGAAAGAAGCAAGGGCCUUCAGGUUCCUCACGCUCAGUCCUGGAGUGAUCUUUUCCAUUCACCCUCCCACACUCCCAUUGUUCAUCCUGUGUACCCACCAUCUAGCAGUCUUCAUGUACCCCUGAGGUCAGCUUGGAAUUCAGAUCCUGUUCCAGGGUCCCGAACCCCUGGUCCUCGAAGAGUAGAUAUGCCCCCAGAUGACGACUGGAGGCAAAGCAGUUAUGCCUCCCACUCUGGACACAGGAGGACAGUGGGAGAGGGGUUUCUGUUUGUUCUAUCAGAUGCUCCCAGAAGAGAGCAGAUCAGGGCUAGAGUCCUGCAGCACAGUCAAUGGUAAAGGUUACUCCUUUCCUUUCCUGGAGCUACACCUUUCUUUGUAAAACUGUACUGUGGGCCGGGCGCGGUGGCUCACACCUGUAAUCCCAGCACUUUGGGAGGCUGAGGCGGGCGGAUCACGAGGUCAGGAGAUUGAGACCAUCCUGGCCAAUAUGGUGAAACCCCGUCUCUACCAAAAUACAAAAAAUUAGCCAGGCGUGACGGUGCGUGCCUGUGGUCCCAACUACUCGGAAGGCUGAGGCAUGAGAAUUGCUUGAACCCGGGAGGGGAGGUUGCAGUGAGCCGAGAUCGCACCACUGCACUCCAGCUUGGCAACAGAGUGAGACUCCAUCUCAAAAAAACAAAACAAAACAACAACAAAAAAAACCGUACUGUGGCAGCAUUGGUACUCUGCAUCACUGCCAUGGUUGUGCUAUUCUCAUCUCAACACAGAAUUGGUGGGUUCUCCUAAGGGUGUCAGGAACCUCUAAAAAGACCUGAUUCUUUGGGAGGGGAUAUUUGAAAUUCCAAUUUCCAUUCCCCCUAGCAAAAGGAAGCAGCUGCUGUUUAAGGGUUUUAUCUGAGCCACUUUAAAGAUGAACCCAUGGUAUUACUCUGGAUACUAGCCAUUCCUUAGGAUCUUAAGGUCACAUUUUAUUCGUGGAUGCUUUAUGUCCCCACCUCCACCUGAGCCCUCGUCCUCUGUUCCCUACUAUAUUCCCAACUUCUACUCUGUUUUAUCCACCUAUCCCUAUUACCUGACCCUUUGUCUUCCCUAUCUCCCAUCCUUGGGGGACAUGCAGCCCUGUGGUCAUGGUUCUGAUUGCAUCAUCAGGGCAGCCCCCCUGCCCAGGUAUUAUGGCCUGUCAGCAUUCCCUGUGCCCUCCAAACCUUAGGCCUAGAACGCGGAGCUGCCAACAUAACAUUCACCCUUUUGAACAGAUGGAGUCAGGCACACUAACACAGCCUUCUGUCCUCAACAGCACAGCCAUUAUUGCCACUUGCUCAGUCAUCGUUGUAAACCCUCAAAGUCAGCUGAACUAUUUUAGGCCAAACAUACUGUUUUUGUAAAGUAUUUUUCAUUAAUAAAUCUAUAAGUAGUUCUAUUUAA